CUGUCAGCAGUUAAUAAGCCGCAAGAAAGGACGACGUUUCUCGAAUUGUCAUGCUUAUGAAUUUACGAUUUCUCUCGCUGCUACGAAACGCUCUAGUCGAAUUAAAAUUGUGAAUUUUGACUGUGAUCUCUCGAGUUUGACCUUGUGGUGUACGCGCGUGGUGUUUUAGCAUCGAAUAAAGCUUUUGAAGCAUCAGCUGCGUUUACCUGACGUUUAUUACUGCAGGGACGUUGUUCAAUAGAACGUGUGAAUAAAAUACCUUGUGCUAGAGUGCGAUCAUGGCUAAAUGGGGCGAAGGAGACCCUCGGUGGAUCGUGGAGGAGCGGCCCGACGCCACAAACGUCAACAACUGGCACUGGACGGAAAAGAACGCAGGUCCAUGGUCGAAGGAUCGCCUAAAAGAGUUGCUGAACAAUUUAAAAAUAGCCCAAAAUGGUGUAGAUUGUAAGAUUACUGAGAUGGAGAAGAUUGAUGGAGAGGCGUCAGCGAAUAAUAGAAAAGGAAAGCUGAUAUUCUUUUACGAGUGGGACAUUAAGUUGAAGUGGGAAGGCCGCAUUUCAGGAGGCAGUGAGGUGACCAAGGGGGAAGUGCAUAUUCCCAACUUGUCGGAGGAAAACGACGUUAGCGAGGUUGAUAUGACAGUCACAAUAAAAGGCAGUGGCGAGGAAGCCCAAAGAGUGAAAGCAUUCAUGCACAACGUUGGCAAGAAAGAAAUCCGGAAACAACUAGAAGAGUACAUUCGGAGCCUCAAAGAGGAGUUCUCAAAAGGCCUCAUCCUCCCCAAGAAAGGAGAAUCCUCUGUCAAACCGGAUAACGUCUCAACAAUAACCAGCGGAUUCAACAAAAAAAUCAACAUGGAACCUAUAGUCGCGCCUAAGAAAGAAGUUGGUUGCAAAUUAGACACAAAAAGUCUAGAACUUUCAGAGAAAUUCCAAUGCAGAGGGCAAGAGUUUUACGAUGCUUUGACUAGAAUAGAAAUGGUGACGGCUUUCACGCAGGGCCAUGUGAAAAUGGAUGCUGAGAAGGGUGGGAAGUUUGCCCUGUUCGGGGGAAAUAUUACGGGGGAAUUCAGGGAGUUGGUGCCGGGGAAGAAAAUCACCCAGUAUUGGAGAUACAAGCAGUGGCCUGAUCAGCACUUCUCCGAGGUUACCAUCAAUAUUGAUGAGAAGGAUGACCACACACUAGUAACAGUAAAGCAGGACCUAGUACCGGCGGCCGAGAUAGACCAGACGCGAGAGAACUGGAAGAGAUACUAUUUUGAGAGCAUUAAGCGCGCCUUCGGCUUCGGCGCCUUCCUGUGAUCAC